UUGGAUAGCUGCAGUCAGCUGUCCAGGAAAAAUAGUGUCUGCAAAUUCCCCCAAUUACUGUUUAAAACAGGGUCAAAAGACCAAACUCAGCAACCAAAGGGGAUCUCCAAGAAGAAAGCUAUAGAGAGUACUCAUGUGGGAAGGAAACCUGCCGAAAGGAGAAGGACAGUUUCAGCUGCACAGUGCUCUAACCUAUCAAAGGGACAGUUUGCCUCAGUAAGAAAAAAGAGUGCUGAAACAUUCUCAGACGACACUUCAUCCCACCAAAGAUGUUUGGUUGAACCUGACAGACCAUCUGUGCAAGUGUCAAAGAGAUGCAGAAUUCCAGCAGUCUGUGUUUCAACACUUCCCUGUGAAGAGUUUAGCACCACUGAAGUCAGCAGUGUCUGUCCACCUCCUGAUGUGGACACUCCGAAAGCAAUGGAGGAAAGGAACAUUUCUCCGUCUACCCCCUGUGGACAUCUGCUGCUGGCUCAGCCGUGUACGCCUCCAUGUAAUGGGUCACCUGACAUUUUGGUGGCUGACACACCAGAGAGGGACUAUGGAAUGAAGGUGACAUGGAGAAGAAGAAAGAACUUGAUGGUGUUGUUAAAACAGAGGGGCCAUCUCUCUGAGGCAGAUGCUUUAAUUCAAAGUUGAUGUAGAGAUUGUAAGAUUUGACUGUAUUCUCAUUUUAGCUGCAGAUUAAUUUCCUGUUUAUUGGUUAAUUGACUAAUUGUUGCAGUUCUAAACAUCAUAAUGCCAUGUCUGACAAAGUCUGUUAUGAACCCCCCUGAACAACAUUUUUAUGCAUGAGUUUAAAAUAUAACUUUAGUAAAUUAGUUUAAUGGGUGUAUCUUGUGACAGACAGAUUCUAAUGAUACUGUACUGUUUUAUAAAUUAUGUUAUAUACAGUAGAUUUAAUCCUCACUUGUGGCAAUAUAUCUGGAUUGUUAUUCAUAUGCUAAUGGAUUUUGAUAGCAGGCAUAUGGAAGAAUGUUUAAUCUAUAUUAACUUUAACUGAAAUAUCCAAAAAAUUAAGAGGCACAAAAUAAGUACUCAAGUUAACUGUGUGAUCUAACGACUGGUCUUCUGAAGGACCAUUUAAGAUUGUUUUUGAUGAUUCUGGUGUGCAAUUUAAAAACAGGCAUAAAAUAAAUGUUUAUUGAUUGUG